GAAUCAUUGGCAUAUGCAAACGGCUCUUCUUUCGUUCCUUCGUCAGCGAUUCGCGUUCUGAAGAAAAGGUAGAGGAGAAUAGUUGAUGGAUAACAUACCAGAGCAUAUAGUAUGGGAGAUAUUGAGUAGAAUAAAGAAAACAAGUGAAAGAAAUGCUAUUUCCCUCGCUUGUAAACGGCUUUAUUAUUUAGAUAAUGCACAGAGGAAUUCUCUAAGGGUAGGAUGUGGAAUGGAUCCUGCAGAUGAAGCUUUAACCUGCUUAUGCACGAGGUUUCUGAACUUGUCCAAAGUGGAGAUUACAUACUCUGGUUGGAUGUCUAAACUAGGAAAACAGUUAGAUGACAAGGGUCUUCUGAUUCUUGCAGAUCACUGCCCUUUACUCACUGAUCUCUCCUUGAGCUAUUGCACAUUUAUCACUGAUGUUGGUCUUCGUUACCUGGCUUCUUCUUCCAAGCUUUCAUCAUUGAGGUUGAAUUUCACGCAAAGGAUAACGGGUUGUGGCAUUCUGUCUCUUGUUGUUGGUUGCAAGAACCUUUCCAGGCUUCACCUUAUUAGUUGCCUCAAUGUGAGCAGUGUGGAGUGGCUUGAGUACCUUGGCAAGCUUGGAACACUUGAGGAUCUCUCCAUUAAGAAUUGCAGGGCAAUUGGUGAAGGUGACUUGAUUAGGCUUGGCCCUGGUUGGCAAAACCUUAAAAGGUUGCAAUUUGAAGUGGAUGCUAAUUACCGGUACAUGAAGGUUUAUGAUCGGUUGUCUGUAGAUAGGUGGCAAAAGCAACAUGUCCCGUGUGAGAAUAUGCUUGAACUUAGCCUGGUGAAUUGCAUCAUCAGUCCUGGGAGAGGGCUUGCUUGUGUGUUGGGCAAGUGCAAGAACUUGGAAAAAAUUCACCUUGACAUGUGUGUUGGAGUGAGGGACUUUGAUAUUAUUUGUUUGUCUCAAAGAUCUAGUGACCUUCAAUCGGUUUCGUUUAGAGUUCCAUCGGAUUUUUCGCUUCCCUCCUUGGUGAAUAAUCCAUUGAGAUUAACGGAUGAGAGCCUGAUAGCAUUGGCUCAAAACUGCUCAAAGCUUGAAUCGGUGAGGAUCUCUUUUUCUGAUGGGGAGUUCCCCUCAUCCUCUUCAUUCACAUUAAGUGGGAUACUUUGUUUGAUUCAAAAGUGCCCAGUUCGCCGGCUUGCUCUGGAUCAUGUUUAUUCCUUCAAUGAUGUCGGAAUGGAAGCUCUUUGCUCGGCAGAGUAUCUUGAAUCUCUUGAACUUGUGAGGUGCCAAGAGAUUAGUGAUGAAGGGCUACAGCUUGUGAGUCAGUUUCCCAGGCUGUGCAUUUUGCGGUUAAGCAAGUGUUUGGGGGUCUCUGAUGAUGGAUUAAAGCCACUUGUUGGAUCACUGAAGUUGGAUUUCUUGGCCGUUGAAGAUUGUCCUCAAAUUUCUGAAAGAGGUGUCCAAGGAGCAGCAAAGUCUGUGUCUUUCAGGCAAGACUUAUCUUGGAUGUACUGAUCCCGUUCGUCGGGUUUUAGGCACAUCAAGUCUUUGCUCAUUCAUUUUCUUCAAUCUUACUUCCCAUUCUUGAAUAUCCACCAUGCUUCUGUAUAUCUAUAUGUCGUAUAUCACAUCACACAUACAUAAGAUUAUUCUGUUGUAUUUAUAUUGUACAUCUUGUUAUCAAAUAAAUUGAUUUCUAGCAUUAUAU